AUAGUCAAGUGCGUCACUUCCUAUUCGCAGAAUUAGCCACUUAGCGGUUUGUGUGCUAAGGUAACUGGCUGUUUAGUGCAGCAAUUCUUCGCCAUGGACGAUUUAAUCACUUUUAGAAACGAGGUCACGGUCAUCGUGACUAACAUGGCCAAGGCAGUGUUGACGGAGAUUUUUAUAGCGCUGGACAAAGUUUCCUUAUUCAAACAAAGCCCGGACACCGAGCAGAGACUCUGCGCUCUGUUGGACGCCUUGUGUGAGAAGACUGUGGAGAAAAUCCUGAAGGUGGUCGAGUCUGAGAGCGGCAAAGGUGUGAUUCAGACUCCGAUGGUAGGAGAGGAGCAGCUUGGCUCUGGCGCCUCCAGCGAACACACCUACAUCCUGGUUUGUGGGAGUGCUGCCCCUGACUCCAGCUGUCUGCUGGUCUCUGUGCCAAACCAUGCCAGCGGGAAAAGUGAAAGCAGCUCGACUGAUGCAGCAGAUGAAGCCGCCCCUCAGCCAGGCGUCUCAGACCACGAGUAUGCUCGGGUGUCCUCUCCUUGGCCUGGCACCGUCCCUGAUGGUGCGAGUGGAGCCUCUGCAGCUCGCAGCCACAAGCAGCGCAGCAGCAAGAAGAGGAGGAAGGAAGCCGAGGCAGAGACGGAAGCUCACCAUGAGUGCCCGCGGUGCCAGAUGCUGUUUCCAACCUCUGAGCGCCUGUCUGACCACCAGCACAAGUGUCACCCCUUGUGCUCGGUGUGUGGGAUGCUGUUCAGCGGUAUCUUGAGGCUUCGCCAACACGAGAGCCAAGAGCACGGGCUGCUGCCGUACACCUGCGACUACUGCUCAAAGAGAUUCAAUCACAAGGCUCAUCGCGACCUGCACGUUAAAGCUCGACACACCGGAGAGAAAACCUGCCACUGCGACAUCUGUGGCAAGGGCUACUCCUGUGUUAGCGUGCUGAAGACUCACAGAAUGACCCACUUCGAAAAGAGCUUCAUCUGCGAUGUCUGUGGGAAAAGCUUCUACCAUGCCUGCCACCUGACACGCCACAAACUGACCCACCAGCAGCUGCGGCCGUACCAGUGCUCCACUUGUGGGAAGGGCUUCACCCAGGCCGCCAACCUGCACAGCCACCAGCUGAUCCACACUGGACACCGGCAGCUCUGCUCCAUCUGUGGUAGGAGUUACCGCUGCCUGAAGAACCACAUCAUCAGCAAACACUCUCAUGAGCUGCUGUCUGAUGAGCUCCCGGCCAGACACUCCAUCAUCACCUGUGACGCCUGUGGCAAAAAGUUCCCCAACCCCUCGCAGUAUAAGGUCCACCAGAGGAGCCACACUGGGGAGAAGCCGUUCCAUUGUGACAUCUGUGGGAAGGGCUACCGUCUGAAGGAGCUGCUGAGGGACCACCGGUACACGCACACCGGGGAGAAGCCGUACAGGUGUUCCCUGUGCUCCAAGACCUUCAACCUGGCCACCAGCUACAUGCGGCACCGCAGCGUCCACAGUGGAGUAACACCAUACAGCUGCCUCGACUGCGGGAAACACUUCCGCCUGCUCACCUUCCUCAAGGCUCACCUGCAGACCAAAGCACACCUAAAGCAGAUGCAGAACAAGCAGACUGUGUCCUCUGACAUCUGAGACAGACGCUGACAUCUAAGAACCUGCGGCUCUAGGUCUCCACUGCUUUCAGUCUGGAGCAUCGGAUGUCGGCUGGAGGGGAUCACGCCAGAACUAUACAAGCAUCAAACAAGUCAAGUUCUCCCUCACCUCACUGUGUCUAUUUUCUCAGAUUCCCUCUAAACAGGAGCUGUUAUUAUCUGACCUGUGGUUUGCAGAAGCUCUGUGCGAGUGUAAAGACAGAUUAUAAAUAUCCAAGGAUUAACAUGUGAUGUAAACAGCUGCAGGUUAACAACAGCCUGAAGGGAAAACAUUAUGACCAUGUUAAAUAAAGGAAUCGUGCUCUCA